UACGUUAACAUAUACUACAAUGGCUUUGAUCAACGCACCUUCGCUGAAAGAUUUGGCUCAAGCGAAAAUCAAUGUAAACAUAUCGAAUCGUCUACAUAUACUAUCACUCCAAGAAUACUUGCCGUGGAAAGUAGUGUUAGACUUAUGGAACACGUGGUUCCAGGAUAAUUGGUUCGAGCUUGGAACGCAUAAAAAAUGUUCCGAUGAUGUGGACGUUAGGUGCAUUACAAUGGAGGUGUUUAAUUAUAAACUGAAUCAUAAGUUACAAUGCGCCAUCUUUAGAAAUGCUGAAAUUUUCAGUGAUGAAAUUUUCAAUCAAAUAAAUGGGGAUGGAGUAGUAUACAAGAGCAUAUCAUACGAUCACACUAAACACGGGCCUGUAUGCGGCCAUUGUUGGGAUAUGUUCGAUAUGGAGCUUAAUUUUGGUUCUUUACGAAAUAAAGAAGGAUUUCAACUCAAACCACAAAACAGCAGAAUUCGGGGUUGAAACCCCCGAAU